AAGAAUUAUGUUGGGUUCUGUAAUGACAGGAGCAUAAAGACUAACGAUGUCCCUUUGAUGGACCCACCCGACAUCAAAAUGACCCAAAUUUUGAAAGACAGAAUCAAGAUGGCUACCGAUUUAGAAAAUACGAUUCAUAGGUACGAAAAGGGAAUUAGGCACCAAAAGUGGGAAGAUAAAAUCAUUCGCGCGUUCGAUUUGGAAGAAGAUCAAAGCCCGAGGAAUUGGAUGGAUGAUAAUAGCGAAAAUGAUGCCGGCCACGAUACCGCAGCCAAGCGUCAAAUCGAAAAGAUGAAAAAGCGCCUAAAAGAAAGCUUCCUAAUACCGCUAUCACCGCAAUACCUCUUAUCUUCAUCUAUCCAUAACCGGAAACAGACUUCUCUCAGAUACCCUCAUUGAAAAUUUAUCCAUUACCUCACACAAUAUAUAUAUAUUUUUUUUUAUGAAAUAUCUAAAAAAUAUGUUCAUUUUACGAAUAAAUAUUAUU